AACGUAAAAGUUCCAUCCAUAGAGAAAUGUCUAUGUUUACAUCUGUCUAUGGUAUCAUGUCGUCGUCAGCUACGGUUCCUCUUUUGGAGGAUGAUGCUUUAGAAUUUGGUGAUGAAGAUGUAGAAACUUCUGCAAAAAAGGGUGCAUUAACGCAUCCCUAUGUGACUUUCUUCCAUUUGGCUUUUAGAUGCAGUGCAUUAUUUGGUUAUUUAUUUUAUCGAGUAUUCUCUAGCAGUUUCAUAACAAGCUUUGUACUGAUAGUAUUAUUAUUGUCUAUGGAUUUCUGGACAGUGAAAAAUAUAACAGGACGACUUAUGGUGGGUUUGAGAUGGUGGAAUUAUGUAGAUGAUGAAGGAAAAUCACAUUGGGUUUUUGAGUCACGGAAGGGACAAAAACAGAGUCGAAUAAAUGAAAGAGAAUCGGCCAUAUUUUGGACUGCGUUAAUAUUAACACCAGUAGCAUGGGCUCUUUUAUUCAUUACUGCAUUGUUUAGUUUCAAUAUACAGUGGCUGCUCUUAGUGAUGAUUGCAUUGAUAUUGAACAGUUCAAAUCUUUAUGGAUACAUAAAAUGUAAAAUAGGAACAAAUCAGAGUGUUUCAAGUGUAACUAAAAACUUCUUUCGUACACAAGUUUUACAGAAUGCAGUAUCUAUUGUUUCUCGACAGGCCACAAGUUCAUUUGAAAAUCCUCCUACAAAUACAGUUUGAAGUAUUUGUUUUUCAAACGUGAUUAACUGUAAAUUAUAUUUUAUUUAUGUAUAUUUUGUUACCAAUUAAAUGAUUUGAUAGUGAAUUGUUCAUUGA